AUAGACACACAAAGACAUGCGCACUCAACUUAAUCAGCCAUUUUUUUAAACAGGGCUAAAACGAUAAUAAUUAGCAGAAUAAAGACAUAUCGGAUUUUCAUUUCCUUUCCUCCGUUUCCCGACCCCCUUCCACAAGAGAAACUGCGAGGCAGCCCGUCGACACGUCGUUUCACCGCCACCGGAUCCAAAAUAAGGGAUAGCUCUCUAAACGCUUGACAUUUUUGAUUUUCAUCCCCUUUUUCCAUUAUAAAGUUGGAGGAUUAUUAUUAUUUUCUCUGUUUUUUCUACCUUUGUGUUGUCCAAUUACGCAAGCCGCUGGAUGUGACUUUGUUUUAUAAACCCAAGAGCAAAGAGAGAAGCGGAGGUGACGGCUUUGAAGGGGGAAGAAAGUCCCUGUUAGGCUGGAUGAGAUGAGAUCCCUAUGUAGUGGUCGUCAUGGCAACUUGUGACUCUCCCCCUAUGGUGUCGUCACGGCAGCAGGAACAUGGUGGCCAGAAGCUGGACGCUGCUGCCGAGGACAACUCCGUCGUCGCCAUGGAGACCAGUAUCGCCAACAGCAACAGCAACAACGCCAACAACAACAACCGAUCGUCGCCUGUCGUCUCCGUCAUUGGAGAGCCGGAGAAUGGCCUCGGAGAGCCCGCUGUGAGCCCGCUGAGGUCCACUGCUACCCCCACCACUGUUAGUGCAACCACCGGCCCUGUGACUGAACAGAGCCGGAGAGAAAGCUUUACUACCGGGAACAACGGGAGUGUUACCGGGACUUUACCAGGAGUAGGAGGAGGAGCGGCUUUGGGUUCGGACUGUUCUGCCCCCGCCACAUCUCCUGUGGCACCGGCCAAGGAGAUCCCCUGCAACGAAUGUUCUAGCUCCUUCUCCAGUUUACAGAAAUACAUGGAGCACCACUGCCCCAAUGCCCGCCUGCCUACCGCAGGAGGUCAUGAGGAGGAGGGGGAGGAGGUCGAAGGGGUGGUAGGGGAGGAGAGUGAAGGUGAAAUGGAGCAUGACAGGGGUGCUGUGGAAGUGGGGGAGAUGAACAGUGAGAUGGAGAUGGAAGAGGAGAGUGAUGUGGAGAACCUGUGUGGCGAGAUCGUCUACCAGCCCGACGGCUCUGCCUUCAUCCUGGAGGACUCCAAAGAGCAGCGUGGCAGCCAGGGGGGGCUCUCUUCAGCUCUCCAAUUCAGGGGCCUGCUGUCCCCCCAAACCUUCCCCAAUGCCCAGGCCAGCAGUGGCCAGAGUGGUCUGAGCCCUGGGGGGGAGCGGUUGGAGCAGCCCGCUGCACCCAUGUCCUUCUACCCCCAGAUCAUCAACACCUUCCACAUCGCCUCAUCCCUGGGGAGCAAAUCCCUGGCGGCUGACCACCCCUCCUUCCCAAAUACCUCAGCUGGAGGGCUGGCGGGCGCCGGUCCCGUGUUGCACAGUUUCCGUGUCUACGACCUCCGCCACAAGACUGACAAAGACUAUCUGACGGCGGAUGGCGCAGCCAAAAACUCCUGUGUGUCCAAAGAUGUCCCCAACAAUGUGGACUUGUCCAAGUUUGAGGGUUGCGUGGCCGAUGGGCGGCGGAAGCCUGUGCUGAUGUGUUUCCUGUGCAAGCUGUCUUUUGGCUACAGCCGCUCCUUCGUGACGCAUGCCGUCCAUGACCAUCGAAUGACCCUGAACGACCAGGAGCAGAAGCUUCUGAGCAACAAGCAUGUCUCCGCCAUCAUCCAGGGCAUCGGCAAGGACAAAGAACCUCUUAUAAGCUUUCUGGAACCAAAAAAACCCCCCAACUCUGUGCUACCCCACUUUCCCACGCCUGCCAACUUCCUAGGGCCAGACGCGGGGCUCCGCGGUUUGUGGAAUGCUUUCCACAGUAGUGGGGAGAAUGCUGAUUCCCUCCACGCAGGCUUUGCCUUCCUGAAGGGCAGUGCCAGCAGCUCCUCCAGUGACCAAACCCCCAGAACCCAACCCAUGCCAAAGGCUGAGACCAACCCAAACCUCGGGGGAGGGGCUGGUGCCCACAUAACCCCUGGUGGGAGUUCUGCUGCUGCUGCCACUGGUGGCAACCUGGAGGGCCGGGACUCUGAUAGUGAUUGCAAGGGCCGCGUUAGGGACACAUGCACUUUGCAACCCAACGGGCCGGACCUGAGCCAGUACCCGCCCAUCAAGCGGGAACCCGGUGCAGUGGGAGGCGAGAGUCCGGAGCAGGAUGAGGACGCUUACUCAAGUGCAGGAGGAGUAGAAAUGGAGGCAGAUGAGGAGGAGGAGCAGGCCAUGACUAUGACCAUGACGAUGACAGGCCAGCGGGCCGACAGCACCAGUAGCAAAGAUUUCCCUCUCUUAAACCAAAGCAUUUCCCCCCUGUCCAACAGUGUGCUGAAGUACAACAGAGACAGCAAAGGCCCUGCUUCCACCUCCUCUUCCUCCUUGCCUGUGUGUGAGGACCUGGAGAUGGAGAAGGGCCGCCUGUCCACUGCCCUUGCAGCAGCCAGAGAGCAGGAGAGCAGCAGCGACUCAACCAGUGAAGCCCUGUUAGGCCGGGAUGGGUCCUCGCCUUCCUCCCACCCCAUUGACCUGAUGAUGUUACGCAGAGACGAUGAAAGCCCUGGGCCUCUGCACCAACACACGGGAAACCCAGGUACACCUGGAACCCCAGGGACACCUGGUACCCCAGGUCCAGGUGAAGGGUCCCCAGGCAGUGGGGUUGAGUGCCCCAAAUGUGACACAGUCUUGGGAUCCUCGCGGUCCUUGGGAGGGCAUAUGACCAUGAUGCAUUCGCGGAAUUCCUGUAAGACUCUGAAGUGUCCCAAGUGCAACUGGCACUACAAGUAUCAGCAGACACUGGAUGCCCACAUGAAGGAGAAACACCCAGAGUCUGGUGGAUCAUGUGUGUACUGCCGCACAGGCCAGCCUCACCCACGUUUAGCCAGGGGCGAGAGCUAUACCUGUGGAUACAAGCCCUUCCGUUGUGAGGUAUGUAACUACUCAACCACCACCAAGGGCAACCUGAGCAUCCACAUGCAGUCGGACAAGCAUUUGAACAAUGUACAGACACUCCAGAAUGGUGGCAGUGAAGCCCAGUAUAACCACAACCACAACCAUGCCAACCCUGUGCCCAGUGCCAGUCUUGGAGGAGGCUGUGGUGCACCCUCGCCGUCCAAGCCCAAACAGAAGCCCACUUGGCGUUGUGAGGUGUGUGACUAUGAGACCAAUGUGGCACGGAACCUGCGAAUCCACAUGACCAGUGAGAAACACAUGCACAACAUGAUGCUGCUGCAGCAGAACAUGAAGCAGAUCCAACACAGUCUCCAUCUGGGCCUGGCCCCAGCUGAGGCAGAGCUCUACCAGUACUACCUGGCCCAGAACAUGGGCCUGGCCGGUGUAAAACUGGAGAGCCCAGCCGGAGCCAGCGGCCCAGAUGCCCAGAUGAUGAUUAACCCAUUCCAACUAGACCCUGGAACGGCGGCUGCCCUUGGAUCUGGAUUAGUGAAUAAUGACUUAUCAGCGGAGUUGCGUCUAGCCAGCGGUCAACUGAUGGCAGACGACCUAUCCCUGCUUUCCUCAGGCGGGAUGGGGGGCAUGUCUACGUCGGACUCCUCCACCCUCUCAUCCUUGUCCCCACCCAUCAAUGACCCGUCACUGCGCCUGUACCAGUGCGCCGUGUGCAACUGCUACUCCACGGACAGUCUGGAGGCUCUCAGCGCUCACGUCAACGCCGAGCGCGCCCUGCCCGAGGAGGAGUGGCGCUGCGUGGUCGGUGACGUCUACCAGUGCAAGCUCUGCAGCUACAACACGCAGCUCAAGGCUAACUUCCAGCUGCACUGCAAGACCGACAAGCACAUGCAGAAGCACCAGCUGGUGGCCCACAUCAAGGAGGGGGGCAAGGCCAACCAGUGGAGGUUAAAGUGUGUCGCCAUUGGCAACCCCGUGCACCUCAAGUGCAACGCCUGCGACUACUACAGCAACAGCGUAGAUAAACUGAGGCUACAUGCCACCAACCAGAGGCACGAGGCUGCCAUCCGCCUCUACAAGCACUUGCAGAAGCAGGACAGCGCCUACAGUCCAGAGUCGUGCGUCUACUACUGCGUGCUGUGCGACUACUCCACCAAGGCCCGCCUCAACCUGGUGCAGCACGCCCGCUCAGCUCGCCACCAGCAGAACGAAGGGCUGAGGAAACUCCAGCUGCACCAGCAAGGCCUGGGAGGAGACGAGGACGGACUGAGUCUGCACGAGCUCUUCCACGUCAGGGAGUGUCCCUCCAGCCAAGAAGAGACUGGCGAGGACAGUGAGGGCCCUCCUCGCUCUUCCUCCAGGCCGGGACUCAACCUCAGUGACCGAGACCUGGCCGACGCCAAGAGGACUGACAGACUGAAUGCGAUGGCCAAAGAGAAAGAGGUGACAGGACAUAAUGCUAUGGUCAAGCGCUCCCUCCUGUCAGAUCGACAGAUUGACAGCCCGCCCAAGCGGCCCAAAUCAGCUGAGGGGAAGACCUCCACCAACGAGCAGGUCCAGCAGUGUCCGUACUGCAACUACAGUAGUAAAGAUGCCAACCGUAUGCAGCUCCAUGUGAUGUCCCAGCAUUCCAUGCAGCCUGUAAUCCGUUGCCCACUGUGUCAGGAUGUUCUGAGCAACAAGAUUCACCUGCAACUGCAUCUCACCCACCUACACAGUGUGGCUCCCGACUGCGUUGAAAAACUAAUUCUGACUGUUGUCGGACCUGACACAGUGACGCAAAAUGAUGUAAUGCAUCCCACACCUGGACAAGACAAAGCCCUAUCUUUAAUGGAUUCCUCUUCCUCUCUUGCUGAUGGGUCUGGAAAAUCUCAAGGAACCAUAUCCAAGGAUGAUCUCAACAUUCAAGACAAGAAUGAGAUGGACCUCCAGGGUGAGGAGCUCAAGCCCCCUAAGGAGGCCUCAGAGGCCCCAGACUGGAAGAGGGCCAGUGGGCUUGGACAUGAUAGCAAGUCCCCUGAUGCCCUACAGGACCAUCUAAGUGAGCUCCAAAGGCUCCAGCAGCAACAACAGCAGCUCUCAGUCUCUGAUCGGCAUGUCUACAAAUACCGCUGCAAUCACUGCAGCCUGGCCUUCAAGACCAUGCAGAAGCUUCAGAUACAUUCCCAGUAUCAUGCCAUCAGAGCAGCCACUAUGUGCAGCCUUUGCCAGCGCAGCUUCAGGACAUUCCUGGCCCUUAGGAAACACUUGGAAAAUGGACACCCUGAACUUAGUGAGGCGGAAGUGCAGCAACUGAUAGGCAGUCUGCCACUGAAUGGUGAUAUCACUGAGAGUGAGGUUAGGGCUUUGGAGGAAGCUCAAGCCUUCGAACAUGACUUGGACAAAGAUGAUGAGCUGGACCAGGAGGAGAAGCCCAGCCCUACAGGAAGUGACAGUAGCUCUCUGCUGGAUGACAUGGGAGCAGAACCAAAACGAACCCUACCCUUCAGAAAAGGGCCCAAUUUCACCAUGGAGAAAUUUUUGGAUCCCUCCCGGCCUUACAAAUGCACAGUAUGCAAGGAGUCCUUCACACAAAAGAACAUCCUACUAGUCCACUAUAACUCAGUGUCCCACCUGCACAAGUUGAAGAAGGUCCUCCAAGAGGCCUCAAGCCCAGUUCCCCAAGAGACAGGCAACAGCAUUGACAACAAACCAUUCAAAUGCAAUAUUUGCAACGUUGCCUACAGCCAAAGCUCAACACUUGAGAUUCACAUGAGGUCCGUGCUCCACCAGACCAAAGCCAGAACAGCAAAAACUGAAAUGAGCAGCAGUAGCAGCAUCACCGGGACCAGUGGUCCAGUGCCAGCAAAAAGCCCAGCCCCAUGCACACAAGGAAACAGCAACAACUCAGACACUGCUAGAAGUGGAACACCCUCUGCUAACAAAGAAAACACUGUGGAAGCCAAAGAAGCUAAUAGCAGCAACAACACUAAACAAAGCACGACUACUGACCAUGUUUCAGCACAGACAAGCAGCCACCAGCCAGCACAGUCCCCAGCCCAGCUGCAGUUACAGCUUCAGCAUGAGCUCCAACAGCAGGCUGCCUUCUUUCAGCCUCAGUUUCUCAACCCAGCUUUCUUCCCCCAUUUUCCCAUGACCCCAGAGGCAUUGCUGCAAUUCCAACAGCCCCAGUUCCUCUUUCCUUUCUACAUCCCUGGAGCAGAGUUCAACCUUAGCCCAGAACUGGCCCUACACUCAGCAGCAGCUUUUGGGAUGCCUGGUCUUACUGGCUCAUUUCUGGAGGAUCUGAAGCAGCAGAUGCAACAGCAGCACCAACUGCAGCAGGCUCAGGCCCAGCAACAGGCUCAGCAGCAACAGCAACAGCAGCAACAGCAACAACAGCAGCAAGCCUCUCAGACACAGUCACAGCUUCAGCAACAGAAAAACCAGCAACUGCAGAGCCACAAACCCAAAAUAGAGUCUAGCACUGUGUCUGUCUCAGAGAUCCACAUGUCCAGAGAGGCAGAGGACCACCUGGAGAAACAAGAAAACAGAACAAAGAUGGAGAAUGGUGGCGAUGGAUUAAGUGAUGGAGGAAAAGACAACAAAGAUCCUAAAAAGUCAAAGUUCCCAGAGCCACUGAUCCCUCCUCCACGUAUUGUGUCAGGAGCCAGGGGCAAUGCAGCCAAAGCUCUACUAGAGAACUUUGGAUUUGAGCUAGUCAUCCAGUACAAUGAAAACAGACAAAAAAACCAAAAGAAGAACAAAGAUGGGAUUGAACAAGUAGAGAUGAACACUGAUAAGCUUGAAUGUGGGAUGUGCGGAAAGCUCUUCUCCAAUAUGCUUAUUCUCAAAAGCCACCAGGAGCAUGUGCACAGCCAGUUCUUCCCUUAUGUUGAGCUUGAAAAGUUUGCCCAGCAGUACAGAGAGGCCUAUGACAAACUCUAUCCUAUAAAUCCUGCCUCACCUGAGACACCCCCACCACCUCCACCGCCACCACCUCCACCUCCUCCACCUCCUGCCCCUGCCCCAGUCACAGCUCCUCAGCCUCCUUCUACAUCCAUGACAAAGCCUCAAACUCCAGCCCCUUCACCUGUUCCUGUUUCCCACCAAGCCCCCCACCAGCCUCCACACCAGGCACCACCACCUCAGCCACCGCCCCCUCCCCCACCCCCUUCAGGCCCUCCUGCACCUCCACAAGUGCAACUCCCUGUACCCCUGGAUCUGCCCCUCUUCCCACCUCUAAUGAUGCAGUCUGUCCAGCAUCCAGGCCUGCCCCCUCAGCUGGCCCUCCAGCUGCCCACAAUGGACUCUUUGUCCACAGACCUCACACAACUCUGCCAACAGCAACUGGGGCUUGAUCCAAAUUUCCUUCGCCAGUCUCAGUUCAAGCGACCACGCACCCGUAUCACUGAUGACCAACUGAAGAUCCUGCGGGCCCACUUCGACAUCAACAACUCUCCAAAUGAAGAACAAAUUCAAGAGAUGUCAGAGAAGUCUGGUCUACCCCAGAAAGUUAUCAAGCACUGGUUCCGUAACACCCUCUUUAAAGAGAGGCAGCGAAGCAAAGACUCCCCCUACAAUUUCAAUAUUCCUCCCAUCACUACAUUGGAUGACAUUCGAGUGGAGCCCCAGAUUAACACAUUGGAAUACUACAGAAGUGAUUCAGCCACGAACAAGAGGUCAUCCAGGACCCGAUUCACUGAUUACCAGCUGAGGGUUCUUCAAGAUUUCUUCGACACCAAUGCCUACCCAAAGGAUGAUGAGAUUGAGCAGCUCUCCACUGUGCUCAACCUCCCAACUCGGGUUAUUGUGGUGUGGUUCCAAAAUGCCCGACAGAAAGCUCGCAAGAGCUAUGAGAACCAGGCAGACUCUAAAGACAAUGAGAAAAAAGAGCUGACCAACGAGCGUUACAUCAGAACCAGCAACAUGCAGUACCAGUGUAAAAAGUGCAACAUUGUGUUCCCACGUAUCUUCGACCUUAUCACUCACCAGAAGAAGCAGUGUUACAAGGAUGAGGAUGAGGAAGGGAAUGAGGACAACUCUGAGGAGUAUAUAGAGUCUAUAGAGCAUGGUCCAAUUAAGACUACCCAAGCAAUCUCAGAGGUACCUAAACAACUGCAAGGAACUGCCAACAACUCUGGCUCAAGCUCCCCUCUGAUGCCCUCUCCUCGUCCCAGCAUGGGGAAAACGUCCCCUAAGCCCGAGAUACCCCCUGAUACAAAACCGAAGCAGCCUGAGACUGCCCCCUCACCAGUGAUCAAGUCACUGCCAGACCCCAGACCAUCUAAGGCUUCUACACCACAGCCACCACCUCAGAAAGCUCCCCAGCCCCAGAUGUCAAGACCCCAUUCUCAGCCACAAUCAGCUGCAGUGCCCUCAAGCCCCCUUUCACUGGCUCUUUCCUCACUCACAAACAGCCUUCCCCACCAGAUGCUUCAGUACCAGUGUGACCAGUGUAAGAUUGCCUUCCCCACUGUGGAGUUGUGGCAGGAGCACCAGCACAUGCAUUUCCUGGCUGCCCAAAACCAGUUCCUUCACUCACAGUUCCUGGAAAGGCCCCUCGAUAUGCCCUAUAUGAUAUUUGACCCCAACAACCCCCUCAUGGCUAGCCAGCUGCUAUCUGGAGGCCUCUCUCAAAUGCCCUCUCAGAGCAGCUCUGGUCUUGCCUCUGCCCCAGGCUCUGGGGCAAUGAAGAGAAAACUAGAUGACAAGGAGGAAAGUGCAAAUGAUAAAGAUGGUGGAAACAGUGGUGAAGAGCAACACAGAGAUAAACGCUUAAGAACCACCAUCACACCAGAACAACUGGAGAUCCUCUAUGACAAAUACCUACUUGACUCUAACCCAACACGAAAAAUGCUGGACCAUAUUGCACGAGAGGUUGGCCUGAAAAAGCGAGUUGUACAAGUGUGGUUCCAGAACACGCGUGCAAGAGAAAGAAAGGGGCAGUUCAGAGCUAUAGGACCAUCCCAGUCCCACAAGAAAUGUCCCUUUUGCAGAGCACUAUUCAAGGCGAAAUCAGCUCUCGAUAGCCACAUUCGGUCUAGACACUGGCAUGAGGCUAAACAAGCAGGCUUCAGCUUGCCGCCAAGCCCAAUGAUGAAUCAAGACAAUGAAAGAGGUGAAAGCCCAAAUAAAUACAGUUUCUUUGAGUACCCUCAGCUGCCUACUAAGACUGAGCCGAAUGAGUAUGAGGUGCCUACUGCAUCCUCAACUCCAGUCAAACCAUCUGAGGCCCCGCUAAAAAACUUCUUGAGCCCUUCAUCCUUAAAAGCAGAAAACUGUGAUGAAACAGAGGGGCCUAAUAUGAAUUCUGCAGAGGCCUCCUCUUAUGAUCUCAGCAAGAUGGACUUCGAUGAGACAUCAUCGAUCAAUACGGCCAUAAGUGAUGCUACAACUGGAGAUGAGGGAAACAACAAUGAGGUUGAGAGCCUCACCGCUAAUGGAGGAGACAAGUUGAGUGAAAGCAAGAGUACUCCAGCACCAAAUUCUGAUGGGGGCGAUGACAGGUUCCAGUUCAGCAUGGUAAGCCCUGCCCUCAGUUUCUCUGGAAGGGACUGUGACUCCUACUUCAGCUCCAGAGAUGAUGAACUAGAUGAUAACAAUGACAGGAGUGAAUCAUCAAGCCUCGCUGAUCCUAGUUCCCCCAGUCCCUUUGGAGGGGGAAACCCCUUCAACAAGUCGGGGAAAGGCAGCAGUUCUGGGGAUAGGCCAGGCCACAAACGUUUCAGGACCCAGAUGAGUAACCUGCAACUCAAAGUUCUCAAAGCCUGUUUCAGUGACUACCGCACCCCAACAAUGCAAGAGUGUGAGAUGCUGGGCAAUGAAAUUGGACUCCCCAAACGUGUGGUCCAGGUGUGGUUCCAGAAUGCCCGUGCUAAAGAAAAGAAAUUCAAAAUAAACAUUGGAAAGCCAUUUAUGAUUAGUCAAGGCUCACCGGAGGGACCUAGGCCUGAGUGUACUUUGUGUGGUGUAAAGUACACUGCCCGAAUGUCCGUCCGAGACCACAUCUUCUCCAAACAGCACAUCACCAAAGUGCAAGAAACCCUGGGAAACCAGGUGGACAGAGAAAAGGACUACCUAGCACCAACCACUGUCCGUCAGUUGAUGGCACAGCAAGAGCUCGACCGCAUGAAGAAAGCUGGUGAAGGACUCAGCCUGACUGGCCAGCAGCAACAGACUGCAGUGGACAACAAUAAUGCACUUCAUGGCCUCAGCCUGCCCUCAGGCUACCCAGGGAUAUCUGGCCUUCCGCCAGUCCUGCUUCCUGGGGUUAACGGGCCAUCAUCACUUCCUGUUUUUCCACCCAACACACCUGCUUUAGCGUCUCCCGGUGCUGGCAUGCUUGGGUUCCCUACACCAGCCACCCCCUCUCCUGCCAUGUCUCUCAGCACUACCCCAACCAAGACUCUUCUGCAGACUCCUCCUCCUCCUCCUCCUCCACCUCCUCCUCCUCCUCCUCCUGUUCCCUCCGUACCUUUGGCAGCAGUUAAUCAUACAGAGCAGCAAGGUAAAGAUUCAGAGAGAGACAGCAGCAAGAAACCAGGGGACAAGCCAACUCAGAUGAAGGUCAAAGAACGAGAAAAUGAGAGCAGCUCACGCGCUGAGACCCCCAGCAUGGCCAAGAAGAGGGAGAAACCAUGUUCAGCUCCAGGGAAACCAGGAAGUGAUACUCCACUGGAUGCCACCCAGCUGCAGGCACUUCAGAAUGCUCUCGCUGCCAGUGACCCCAGCUCCUUCUUGGGGGGCCAGUUCCUGCCCUAUUUCCUUCCUGGGUUUCCCAACUGCUUCUCUCCCCAACUGCCGAGAGGGGUCCAAACAGGGGGCUACUUCCCACCUCUGUGUGGAAUGGAGAACCUGUUUCCUUAUGGUCCAGCAGCAGUCCCACAGGCUGCCAUGGCCGCUGGUCUUUCCCCCUCUGCUCUCCUGCAGCAGUAUCAGCAGUACCAGCAGUCCCUCCAGGAUUCACUGCAGAAGCAACAACAGCAGCAGCAGAAACAGCUUGAGCAACAACAGAAACAACAACAGCAGCAGCAGAAACCAACCCCUGUGAAGACACCCCAGAGCGUGCAGAGCACCACCAACAACAACUCCUUCAAACCAAAAGAAGCUAUCGAAGCUAAGGAUGACACCAACAAAGGCUCUUCAACAGAAAGCACAAAAGAAGAACCGAAAACAGAUACCAAAAGUACCAUGGAUUUUCCAGAUGCUUUUAUUGUACCGUCCGUUAAGCAUGAGUUUAUAUGCAGGAAGUGCCAGAUGAUUUUUGCUGACGAAGAUUCAGUGGUGCGUCACCAGAAGUCCUUCUGUUACUUCGGACAUGCUUUUACUGACCCGCAAGAGACAGUGCUUCGAAAGGCAGUGAGCAAAUACACUUGUGUCGCCUGCAAUGUGGUUGUUAACGGGAAUGAAGCACUUGGCCAACACCUUCAGUCGAGCUUGCACAAAGAGAAAACAAUCAAACAAGCAAUGAGAAAUGCCAAAGAGCAUACUAGAUUAUUACCUCACUCUGUCUGCUCCCCUACUCCUAACACCACAUCUACCUCGCAGUCUGCAGCUUCUUCUAAUAACACCUUUCCUCAUCUCUCUCGCUUGUCCAUGAAGUCCUGGCCAAAUGUCCUGUUCCAGGCCACCACAGCCCGGAAAGCUGCUUCCUCCUCCUCCCCGUCUGCCUCUCCUCCUCCCCCCCUCUCCUCACCUUCAACGGUUACCUCAACUUCCUGCAGCACCUCAGGGGUUCCAACCUCACUACCCACCGAGAGUUGUUCAGAUGAGUCUGACAAUGAGCUAAGCCAGAAGCUGGAUGACUUAGAUAACGCGUUGGAAGUCAAGGCUAAGCCGGCCUCUGGCCUAGACGCGAGCUUCAGUAGUAUCAGAAUGGAUAUGUUCAGUGUGUAGGAGUGAAAAAAGGAUCCCUUGCUUAAAGAAAAAAUAAGACUUUUUAAACUGCAGUUCCAAAGUUUCUCUUAACCCAAAAAAUUACAGUACCAAAUGAUUGACUCAGGAUUGUUUUUCCCAUAUUGAUAUGCUGGCAAGAUAUUGAUUGAUUUUUGUUAUGGACAGAACUGUUGCAGAUGCUUGACUGAGCUUAUAUUGUAUACAAAAACAUGGAGUAGGAAAAAAAUCCCACAGGCUCCCUUGGGGGGGCUUGUUUCAAGCCAAAAACUCUCACGAUAGCAAAUUGCACCUCAGCUGGAUUGUUUUCCAAAUGCUAGCAUGUACUGUAUGGGAUGACGAUCCAGAACCCUCAAAGAGAAUCUCUCUUAGUUUAGAUAGGUGUAAUUCAGUAGCUUUAAAUUCUCAGGUCAGAACAUAACAUUUCUCAUUUGUUAAAGCAGCAACAAGCCUGGGUACACUUGGCUUAUAACCAAAACAUGUCAAGCUUUAUCGGACGCAUUUCCUUGAUGUGUAUAGAGUACCAAGAGACAAUAUUACUGUUACAAUGGACGAUGUGCAUAUCCUUUUAGUUUUGCCCUACAAAGACAGUAUGGUUUUGCCACUGAGGGAAUUUAGAAUGGUGAAAUAAAUGUGUAUGAUGCCCCUGUGUUUGCCAGUUUGUAUUACAACAAGCUGUAUCUAUUUCCCACCCCUUUUUUCUUGUAGAAUAUACUAAUCUGUGCCAACUCUUACCUUCUCACUUUUACCUCUGCUCACACCCUUUUCUGAAGAGGUAAUAACUCUAGUUUUGAUAGACUCUUGAGGAUUAUGUGAAUAUAACAUUUUUCAUUUGUGAAUUGCUGUACUGUUACGGUACCUGCUUGUGUCUGGACUAUAGUGCACUUAUUUUGUUUUUAUUUGUCUUUUUAUUAUUAUUUGAGUAGGCCAUUUGUUAAUUUAAUAGAAUUUUUCUGUUUAUGUAUGUAUGUAUGUAUGUAUGUGUUAUGUUUUAAUUAUUAUUUGUGUCUAUUGCAGCAGCAUAUUGGUCCAUAUUUGUUACAGGAUUGAUGCCUAACAAUCUAGAGACCUAUUUAACAAUUGGUGCAUCCAUGAAAGUAGUACUGUAUACUUGAAACUGUUAAGGUACAAGUUGGUCACAAUGUUAAAAAAAAAAAAAAAAAAAAGGUAUGAAUAUUUGCUAUAGGUUUGCAAAUAUGCUGCUUUAAAAGGGGGACAACAGCAUUUGUUUUGUAUAUUGAAACAUUUUCAUGUGCUUGUAGGACUGAUAACAGUGUUACACCUAUACACUGCCAUUUAGUGCAUAGGUUGACGUCCUCCCAUCAACUCUCUGGGCACUUCUGUUGAUCUAUCAUUAAAAGUAAACAUUUUAAUUUUUCCACAUUUAGUGAUUUCAACAUUGCAAAGUAUUACCUUACAACGUUUUGCUGCUACUGUGUAAUGUUAUUUUGCUUGCCAUAAAUUCUCUCAACUUUCUACCAGACAAAAUACUGAUCCAUGAAUUGCUUUGCUUUGCUAUUUUUAUUUUAUGUUAUUUUAUUUUGUUAUUUUGCUGUGGAACUAAGAAUGUGAAAGCUGUCAAAGGGUGUUCAAUUUUUUACGAAUCACUUUCUAGUUUGGUAAUUGAAACCAAUGUGAUUCAUUCCAAAGUAACAGAAGGCUAUUUGUAUGAAAGAAAAAGGCUUGUGAACAAAGAAAGCUAAGCUGUUGUACAUAUUCGUAGUUGGCUGUGCAUGGUACAAAUUUAUUAAUAUGAAGAAAUGCAAAAAUGUAUUGCUUUUGGUAUUUCCUAUUCUGAGAUGAGCAAGUAGCAUGUAAUGCAACUGUUUGACAGGUUAAAUCAAAUCAUGCUUAGUUAUUGUUUCAAACGAUGAAAUCAAGUAACAUUUCCUCUUAUGUUUUAUUAUUGUACAGUUGUUUUCUUUUUUCUUUUCUGUUCAAAGUUUUAAAGCAAAAUGUCAGUUUUUAAUUCUCUGCGUGAGCUUUUUAAAUGUCCUUAUUUGGAUUUUUAGUAUUUUAACAUUUACUUUUAUCCUGAAGACACUUUUCGAUUGUGUUUCAUAAGAGACAUCCUGGCCUCCCAAGGUGCAAUUCUGCCAUUGUACAAACAUGAGCGACUGUCCUGAUUCCAAAGGCUUUCACAACUCUGGCUUUUUGCCUUUCCCCACUCUGUGGCUCAGCAUUGAAAGACUGAACUGUCAGCUAGCAUCACGUGCUAAGAUGCUAGCAUCAGACAGGACGCUUCCCACACCAAGGACUGGUAAAAGCUAACAAACCAACAAAAAGGAUGGUCCAACAAUAUAACUGUACAUAGAUAUUGCAACUGCACAGCAGCCAAAAAGAAAAAAAAAAAGAACUUUUUAAAAAAAAUGGAUGGAUUGUGUCAUGUUUAUGGGGACAGCCUUCAAAAGGUUGAAAUUGGAAUUGUUCUUCUGGAUGUCAAAGGGAUUUUCACGGCGCAAUCAUAUCCUACACAAUAUGUACUCUUCAACAUCUGGGUUACAUAGGAAAUGCACCCUGAGGUUUUAAUAAGAAGAAGCCCCUAUGGCUAAAACUUUAAAUAAACUAAACCAAAAAUGUUAUUGAUGUUUUAUAUAUAGAGAGUAGUCGCAUUAGUUUUUGUUACUGUACUGUUUGAGGUCUCAACUGUACCGUAUCACGGUAAUAACAUGGUUUUGAAACCUUUUUUUUAUUUUGUCACAGACCUGUUGUCAUAGUUGAAAUGACGUUUAUUGUAGAUGGUAUUUGAACAACUUCUGGAAAUAGUUCAUCAAGUAUGUUUGUUGCUCAUUGUUGUGAUACAUUAAAAACUGUAUCUGCAAACCA